AUGUUCUCCCAGAAGCCUGCCACGACCGGCGGCUUGACAGUGAAUACCUCCACUGCAAACUCUCUAUUUGGCGGAACACCCCAAACGGCAACGACGUCAACAUCGGCCGGCGGGCUCUUCGGAGGCACCCUAGGAGCCGCAGCAACAUCACAGCCGCAGUCAGGAAACUUAUUCUCAGGGCUAGGGGCUACCGGAAGCCAGACGCCACAGAAGAGCCUGUUUGGUGCCGUUGGGAGCAGUGCGGCUAACACAGCUUCAACACCAGCAACAUCCCAACCAGCGUCCGGAGGCUUGUUUGGAGCAUUGGGAACAUCGCAGCCCCAGCAGCAGAACACGCUCGGCAGCGGCUCACUCUUCGGCAGGACGACAACAUCUGGCGCCCAGACACAGCAAACUACAGCAACAACUAGCGCGCCAUCGUUGUUUUCCUUGGGUGCUUCAAACGCUAACCAGGCACAGGCAAAGCCAUCUUUGUUUGGAGGCGGUACACAGACUACGGGAACAUCAGCAAAUACAGGGGGACUAUUUGGAAACACUGUCCAGCAACCGCCUCAACAGCAGCAGCAGCAGGGCCCAACCUUGUCUCUAUUCCGGAAUACAACUGGGCCAUUAAAACAGGACCAACCAGCCGGAACUAAUGUUGUAUCGGGCGUUAAAAUUGACGUGUCCAAUCUCGUACCUACGACUAAAUUCGAAAACUGCAGUGACGAACUAAAGAAAGAAAUCGAAGCCAUAGAUACCUUCAUUCUUAACCAGAUUCGGAUGUGUAACGAGGUAUCGGACCUGCUGCCCACUAUAUCUGCGCAGGGGGCGAUGAUCCCCAACGACGUUGAAUUUGUACAAGGGAAACUAGACACACUUCAGGAGGCCCUCGAAAAUGACGCUAACGGCAUCGAACAUGCCCGUAACCUUGCAAAGCAAGAUGCGACGGAAGCAAGACUGGCCUUCCGCACUCUAGAUACGCUACUUUUACCCCUGCAAUACCAACCCAGCCCCGGUGAACGAUGGUGGCCAGCUGGCCAACAAGGUCAAGCAAUGUCCAAACAUCCGCUACGGCCCACCAUUGGGCUUCGUCACGGCGGGACCCUUGCACUGCCGGAGGGGAUCGAGGCGGAUUCUACUAAUUCUUCGCAAAAUGAACCCGGAAGCCUCGUUGAUUAUUUCUCUCAGCGGACGGACGACAUGGGCUCUGUACUCGAGGAAUAUCGGAAGAACCUAAAAGAAAUAGAAGACCACCUAUACAAUGUUGAAGAUUCCCUUCAGCGGAAGAUCCACGCACUUGUUUCCUCGCGGGGCAGAGAUAGCGGAAGCACCGCGAGUACACAAUCGUCCCGUGUGCGGGAACUUGCAGCAACGCUGGGAGAUGUUGAGAGUGCUAUCCUAGGUGUCGCUAGCAGAGUUGGCACUGCUAAAGAAGAGGUCCAGGAAUUAGUUUUGGGUCCAAUGGGAGUUAAUGGUACUGGGAUAGGGAAUGGAUGGCAAUCCAGGGCGUACUAA